AUGGCCGACUUGGAGCGCAUAAGACUGGUUAUACUGGGCGGUGCUGGUGUGGGUAAAAGUUCCAUUAUCAAACGUUUCCUCUUCAAAACCUAUACGGAUAAAUAUCGUGCCACGGUCGAGGAUCUCUUUAAUCGGGAAUAUGAUUUGGGCGGCGUCACACUGAAGGUUGACAUUUUAGACACUUCUGGUGAUAUGCAAUUUCCCGCUAUGCGCCGUCUGUCCAUUGCCACCGCCCACGCUUUCAUGCUGGUCUAUGCGUCCACGUCUGCGUCGAGUUUUCAAUGUGUCAAACAGUGUUUUGAGGAGAUACGUGAGCAGCGCGCCGACUAUCAGGAUAUACCGAUUGUUAUCGCCGGCAAUAAAUCUGAUUUGGCCAAUACACACAGAGAGGUGCGACUGGAAGAAGUCACGGACUGGGUCUAUUGUGAAUUGCCGCGACUAAGAGCGAAAGUGCUGGAGUGCUCCGCCAAGGAGGAUCAAAACGUGACUGACCUCUUCAAAACGUUGCUGUCUCUAUCGCGAUUUCUGCCCGUCGGGAGCAAUAAUGACGGCACGAGUGGACUCAAGCGACGCUCUUCGGCAUAUGUUAGUGCAUCGUCAAGUAGAAACAAGAAUCGCAAUGCCAGUCCUUCCGUUUCCGGCGAUAAAAAGUCCAGCUUGGUCGAAGCUGUUGAUCCAGCCACCAGCAGCGGCGAUGCCAAACUAAAGCCCAGAUCUAGGUCACUCAUACGCCGUGCUUCACGUAAAACCAAACAGCAAAUCAACAACGCGUCCGAUGACUGUAAUUUGCAAUAAAGCAGCGGAAGGAGGCAAGCGUGAAAGGUUGAUUAGGCGAAAAUAUAUAUAAUUAUAUAAUAAACAAUAAAUCACAGAAGCAAACGGACAACAGCAGCAACAAAAGCAUGCAACAAUAAGCAGCAAAAAAAAGCAAAGACAAGCGGAAACUCAAAGUUCCAAUUGUCGACACGGGCAUGGGCAAGUGUGUGUAUGUGUGCGUGCUGGUGUUGGUGUGCAAGUAAGUAGGCAUAGACGCGCGUGUGUGUGUGUGUACAUUGUGAAUAUGUACAAUUUUAAUUAACAGUCGU